AUUACUCUUAUCCAUUUAAUACUUACAGCUCAAUUGAGCUGUAAGAUUAAUCUGCUCACAAUUACACAAAAAUUCGUUUAAUGCUAACAUGCUCGUCACAAUAUUCUCUUAGUUCCUCCUCCUGACAAAACGCACCAAAGACUUUCAGUCCAGUGCUACAACUCGAAGAUUUAAGUGGCCCGAGAUAUGACUCCAGUUAUAUCAUAUGGUUGAUUCUUAGUGAAUUCUCACUGUCGAAAUAUACAUGUCGCCAAUACUCGUAUAUAAUCAUCGACUUAAAUCGUGUUAGUGAAUAAAGGAAUCAAAAUAAUUCAGAUACGAGGAUGGAUUCCAAUACGUAUAUUUCACACAAUCGUUGAUCUAAACAAACGGAGCGAAGGCAAGAUAACGAAACGAAAUGACGCGCGGUGGGGAAGGUGUGUUAGCCAAUUCAAUUUAAGCAAGCGUGAAUUGAUAUUUAUAGCCAGACAAAAAUAAGCUACAGACAUGUGAUGAGUACGAUAAGAAAUGCACAUAUAUACACUCACAGAAAGACAUGCAUGGUUGACAAGCGAAUGAUUAACAAGGUCAAAGAUGUAACUCAAGAAGAACGAAUAGAUUGGCCUGUCUGGAAGCUAUGUGGGCUUGCAUAGCAUUAAAAGAUAUACACUCAGCACAAACUUACCCACAGCUUCUUAAGCCUUCAUCAUUUCUACAUCAGUUUGAUUUACUUUGUAUGUUCUAUCACAUUGUCAUCAGAUGACGAAUGCAAAAGAAAACGCUCCGAAUUUCACUUCUCUUCAGAUGACAUUUUUCUUGUUCACAGAUCUGUGGUGUUUGAAUUAACUAAUGAUUCUUUUUGGUACGCGUUGAAUGCUUGAUUUCGAAUUCCAAAUACAAUACUUUCGUUUGUGUUUGUGUCUCACUUCUUAAUUCAAUUGCGUUAUUUCUGGGACUCUUAACUCGUGCUAUAAUUCAAAUAAUUGAAACAUUAUAUUGGCGUCGCGAUGAAGCCUGCAAUGGAAAAGUUAGAUAUUCAUUCAACUUCGGAAGCUUUUUAAGAUUACUUUGAAAGGUUGGAAAUCUGGGCUAUGACCAAGGAAGAUGAUGAGGAUGUUAAUAUUGUAGCACACUUCCUCACAUUCAUUAGAAAAGAAGCAUACAGCAUCUCAAACCUGAUAAGUCCAGUGGUCCCGAUGAUAUUCAUCCUAGGAUUAUGAAAGCCAUAUCAGGUGAAAUUGCUGAACCAUUAGCGAUACUAUUCGACAUGUCUCUGAGACAGUCCAGACAUCCUAGAGACUGGAAAGACGCCAUAAUAAGUCCGGUGUAUAAGGCUGGGAGUAGGGAUUUAGUUAGUAACUAUAGACCCGUUAGCUUAACUAGUGCAGUUGUGAAACUGAUGGAGAAAAUCAUUCGGAUAGCUGUUAUAAACUAUGUUGAAGGGCAAAAUCUUUUCUCCAGGGCACAACAUGGUUUUCGGAAAGGCCUGUCUUGCUUGACAAAUCUUCUCAUUGCACGAGAAGAGUGGGCUGCGGCAAAGGAUCGGAAUGCUCCUGUGGAUGUAAUUUUCAUAGAUCUAAGUAAAGCCUUUGAUAAGGUUUCACACUCUGGUCUUAAAUUCAAACUGGAACGUUUUGGAAUCCAUAACACAGUCGUCGAUUGGAUAAGUAACUUUCUCCAUGACAGGAGACAAAGGGUAAGGGUUAAUGGGGCUCUCUCCUCAUGGGUACCUGUAAAAAGUGGGGUUCCCCAAGGCACAACCCUAGGUCCUCUUCUCUUUUUACUUUAUGUAAAUGAAUUGCCAACUGUAGCAAAAUCAUCCGUUCUACUCUUCGCUGAUGACAUAAAGAUUUGGAGACCCAUACAUAGUAUGUCGGAUAGAAUAGUAUUACAGGACGAUCUUAGCUCAUUGGUGGCAUGGUUAGACAGGCGGUCACUAGAAAUAAAUCCUAAUAAGAGUGUAGUGAUGCAGUUUAAUAACUCUGAUGAAUCGUAUGACUAUACACUACGUGGAUUCGUGCUACCCAAAGCAAGAAACUAUAAAGACUUAGGAGUUAUAUUAAGCAAUGAUCUCAAAACGACUAGUCACUGUAAGGCUGCUGCUGCAAAAGGCUAUAGGGUAUUAUGGUCAAUUCGUAGGUCUUUUCAGUAUUUAGAUGAUGAAAUGUUUGGAUUACUAUACCCGAUUUAUGUGCGACCGCAUUUAGAAUACGGGAUUCAAGCAGCGAGUCCUUGUUUCAAAUAUGAAGCAGAUAUGCUAGAAAGAGUCCAACGACGAGCUACUAAGAUGGUACAAGGUCUAGCUGGCCUAUCUUAUGAAGACAGACUGAGACACCUUAACUUAUUUCCGUUAUCUUACCGUAGAGUACGGGGUGAUCUAAUAUUGGCUUAUCGUAUACUGAACGAUGACCUUGGUAUUAACAUGUCUUAUCUUUUGCUUCCGUCUAGAACCGAUCAUUUGAGAGGACAUUCGAAGAAAGUUCAAAAACCCAGAUCAAACCGUUUACGUCUGGAGUUUCGUUUCUCGCACCGAGUAGUGAAUUACUGGAAUUCCCUACCGGAACACGUAAUAUCAGCACCGUCUGUUAAUAUAUUCAGAACGAGAUUGGACCUCCACAGUAUUACAAACUGCAAGGAUUAAUAUAAGUCGACAGACCUCCUGUCCUUAUUACUGAAGACUGAAGCUUAUUAAGAACUCUGGCUAUGCCGGAAAAGCCCAUUUCGCUUUCUUAUACAGCUCUCAAGGAUCUACUGCUAGACUAUGCUCAGUAUACAAAUUUCAAAUGUCGUAAAGGAGGAAGAUUUCGUAAAAUGAUUCAUGAGGAUAUAAAAAAGUCCACUACAUUACUACGUCAUGCCAACCCAGUGCAUACUCAAGGUUAUGCAGACAAUUCAUUGAGUUUGGAUGCAGUUCACGAGGAUGGGGACAAGUUUGGUCAGCGUUUGUCCUGUUGCAAGUUCCACUCUUCUAAUUCAUGUAAAUUUCGUAAUUCUAAGUGCUUCAAAUGUCGUGAUGUUGGACAAGUUCAGUCAGUUUGUAAUGCUAAUGUUCAUCUUACUGCAACUAAUAUUAAGUCUUGUAAUUCUGAUUCUACUGAGUCGAGUAUUCAUGAUGAUCAUUUAUCUUUAUCAACGAUUUCAAAAGACAGUGCAGAGUCAUAUGGCAGUUCAGAGUUAAAUGAAAUCCAGAAUUCUUGUGAGACAACAGUUCCUAAUCAACCGAUUUAUCAGAAUUCUCAUGUUAUUGUACCAAGUAUGACUUUUCCUAAUGAUUCACGUAUUUCUAAUGAAAUUACUUGCAAUUCUGAGGAAAAUAUGUUAAAUGAGCCUAAUCAUGGUCGAAAAUCUGAUGUGGUUUGGAUAGAUGCUGAUUUUUCUAACGACCCUACGCUUUUCAAUGACAGUCCUAAUGAAUUUCAUGAGAAUAUUUCAGAAAAAUCAAAUCCUGAUGUCAUAUCAUAUAUUACCUAUCCUCAUAAUGCAUCUGAUCCUUGUGAAAAACCUGCUCAAUGCGAAGCACGAGUACUAAGUGACCUCGAGUUUGAUUACAUUUCGGAUGAUUUCAUAUCAACUGCUGUUUACCCUUAUCACAAAAACAGUUCUAAUGUUUACUCUAAACAAUGUGAGAAAUAUGUUUUAAAUGAAGCCACAUUAUUCAUAACUUGGGAAUAUAAAGAUCCAACAUUAUUUCGUGGGGGAGGAUAGUGUUGAAAAAUCUAUGGUUCGAAUUCUAGAUAUUAUUGAUUUCAUUACAAAACCGACAUGCUGGUUGUAUACAAUUUCAGGUGAGUCUGUUCCGAUUUCGUUUGUUAAUUCCAAUACUAAUGAGCACUUUCUAGAUACUACAAAGUUUUUAUCUUAUACAAUGUCGGACAGACUCAGGAUGAACUUAACAAGAAGACGUACAACCGAUUACAAACACUUAUACUUCUAUUUAAGCUGUGGCGGAUGUGGUGUUUGAAUUAACUAAUGAUACCUUUGUACUGGUUGAAUGCUUGAUUUCGAAUUCUGAAUUCAAUACAUUCGUUUGUGCCUGUGUCUUCUCAAUUCAAUUGCGUUAAUCCUGGAAUUCCUAGUUUAUACGAUAAUUCGAAUACCAUAAGAUCACAAAUCACUGAUGGAUUAUCUCAAGAAUGACUGUAAAUCUUCCAGAAAGUGUUUACCUAAUACCCCUCUAAAACCAAGAGGGGUAUAUUAAUAAAGACGAGCAUCGGACGGAGGAAGAAAGCACUUAAGGGUCUGAAAUUUCGUCGAUUUACCGUCUAUCUCUUUGCCUCUGUAAGCGUUCAAUGAAGAGGCUGGUUUAAGAAAAUACUUUAAUUUUUAGAAUUAAGUAACAAUUCGUUAUUCAGACUACCUUAGUCAAGUUACUCAUUGCAUCCAUUUUGAACAGUGAAGCUGAGAAUCUAGUUUACUUGCUUUGUAAUUGGUAUGAGCUUCUCAAGUAGUCAGGUUUAGACAAAGUGUCUCUGUACUUACCAUUUAAUAUCAUUUUCAUAUGGAGUUCUUAACCUAUUUAUUUCGAGCGUUCGACUCAUAUCUGUGUCAAUAGACACUGACAAUAUCUUCACCAAUAGUACUAGACAUUUCUUUUCUGGCUUUUAAAAGGUAAUCAAUACGGAUAAACAGUCUGCAGUGUUGUGUGCCAUUAUUUCUAAUGAUAUUGCCUCGUUUUCCGAUUGGGGUACAAUCAUUGACGAGACCAGCAUAACGAUUGUUUUCCAGUGAACGAAUACACAACAACAAAGAAGUCAAUAUUCACACUAAAAUGAGAGUAAAUACACUUGAUACUGUUUUCGACUUUUUUGUGCUAUUAAGCGUUAAUUGACCACCUCAGCAGGUGAAAAGCUUGAAGUAAUUGGCAGCAAGGAAAUGCUUUUCAUGUAACGUAAGCAUUCGGUC